AUGAGCAAGCAAGUCGAGCUCGCUCUCGUCUCGUUGAUGCCGACGUAUGGCUCCGACCUCCCCGCCAGCCUCGUCGAGUCCGCCAGCUCCCUGCUCGCCCAAUCCCGACAUCUAGCCAGCACGCUCAAGGCGGAAGAGGAGAUUGCCCGCCUCUAUGCCUGCGCACACAUUGCCUGCAGCAGGCUCAAAAUUACGCUGGACCUCCCGACAAUAGAACCACGGCCGCCGAUACCUCCCCGGGUGUAUAAACGCCUGUAUACGCACCUCGAUAAUAUCCUUCCCAACACAUCGGCCAGCGGGCGUAGAACACGCAAUGCAGGUUCCAGGCAGAGAGACGUAGGGGAAUCGCCAUCCUCGCAAACUCGCCCUCUUCCUUCAAGGCCUGAGCCCAGCAAAGAGAGCAGUCUUGCGCAGUUCCGAAAACGGGCGGGCUCAGAUGCCAAAACACCGACCAAAUCGAGCAGGCAGGGUCACGCGAGUGUCAAGGAAUCAGACAUAUAUCCCUGGAUCCAGCCUGUCAUCCGGCACUUGUGCGCUGGAUCUGGGCACAAGAAAUUGGCACCCUCGAUGCUGGCGGGCAUGGAGUCGAUUUUGCUCUCCGGGGGACGAAAAACAAAAGAUGCGUGGGCAUUGAAGAAUGCUACUGCGUUAUGCGCAGCCGUCAUCUUCUUUGUUGCUAUGCGUGUGAGAGAUGUCGACCAGGAACAAGCCAUUCAACCUGAAGUGUACGAGCCGACUCGAACUGAGAUUAUCGGCCAGCUCAAUCGAGCUCGUCAAGAAGUUGAGGUCAAAGGUGUAGAGCCAGAUACACUCUGGGAGGGCUGGGCUGAUGUGAGCAACGACGAUUUUGAUGCCGCGGCAUCAAGAAUCCGCGACAAGGGCUGGCUGGAGGCCGACUGGUAUAGUGGCAUUACAGACGUCAUCAACAUGGGCCUGCAGCAGGAUGAUGAUGUAGUCAACGACCUGGACGAGGAGGACGCGCUGCAGGUUCAGCAACAGAGAGCGGAUACCAUGUUCCAGGACAAAUACAAUUACUUGAGCGAAGGCCGUAGAGCAGAGUACAAGGCGUGGAAAGAUGACACCUUGACGCGGAUCGCAGAACUGUCUGCAUCC